AUGAAUACUUUGCUGCAUUACUUGUUCCUCCUCUGCUUCAUUAUCCUCCUCCCUGCAGUUCAUAGCCAGUGUAUUAAAGACCAGCAACAAUCGUUACUCCAUUUGAAGAAAAGCCUUCAAUUUGAUCCACCUUCAUGGCGAACCCCGCUGAUCAUAUCUUGGAAUUCAAGCACCGACUGUUGUUCUUGGGGUGGUGUUACUUGCACUAGCAAUGGGCAUGUUGUUGGUCUUGACCUUAGUUUCGAAGGUUCCUUUGCCAACUUUUCAACCCCGAGGGUGUUGGACUUGAGCUCGAACAACAUCUCCGGUCCAAUUCCAGGAUCCUUUGCCAACUUUCCAAACCUGAGGGAGUUAGACUUGAGUGGGAACCCCAUCUCCGAUCCAAUUCCAGGAUUCUUUGCCAAUUUUUCAAAGUUGACUUCCUUGAGUCUCAGUAAUUGUCAGUUGAAUGGAACAUUUCCCAAAGAGAUCUUUCAGGUACCUACUCUACAAACUAUUGACCUUUCGGAUAAUUCUAAACUUGGUGGUUCCUUGCCAGAUUUUCCCGAGAAUAAUGGAUCUCUUCUGUCUUUGAUUCUACGUGGGACAAACUUUUCAGGAUCACUACCUGACUCCAUUGGCAACCUCAAAAUUUUGUCUUGGAUAGAUCUUUCAUAUUGCAAUUUCUAUGGAUCAAUCCCGUCGUCGUUCUUUUCUCUUCCCUUUUUGCUAGAACUAAACCUUGCCCACAAUCAAUUCUCUGGUGAACUUGUAUUUUCUAAUGUCUCUUCCGACUUAUCUACCCUUGAUUUAAGCUUCAACCAUUUGGACGGACAAAUACCGGUUUCUAUAUUUAAUUUUCGAGGCCUUGAAUCACUUCAGCUUUCUUCCAACAAUUUUAGUGGCUUUCCGUUCAAUGGCCCUCAACAGGUAAAAUAUCUUACGAACAUUGACCUUUCGUACAAUAGCUUGCUGAGUUUAUACAAUGGUACUGAUUCCUCAUAUUCCUCAUUUCCUGAAGUUAUUUCAUUGAAUUUGGCUGCUAACAAAUUGAGAACAAUCCCAUAUUUCUUGAGAAAUCAAUCCACAUUAUCCAGUUUGAGCCUUUCAGAAAACCAUAUCCAGGGCAAGAUACCCCAUUGGAUUUGGAGUUCCAAUCAACUUGAUUCCCUAAAUCUUUCUUGUAACUCCUUGGCUACUCUGGAACCUCAUUUAUAUAAUUCUACAGUGAAAACUGUUGACCUUCAUUCAAAUCAACUUCAGGGACAAAUCCCCACUUUCCUACCAUUUGCCAAGUAUCUGGAUUACUCGAGAAAUAAUUUCCGCUCUAUACCAUCAAAUAUUGGUGAUUUCCUCACAAACACACUGUUCUUCUCUCUUUCGAGCAAUAACUUGCAUGGGCUCAUUCCAACAUCAAUAUGCAAUUCCCAAAUUCAGAUUCUUGAUAUGUCUAAUAAUUCUCUCAGUGGCAUGAUUCCCCAAUGCUUGACUGCAAUACGCGAUAUCAGUGUACUUAAUUUAGCGAGAAACAACCUCACUGGAACUAUUUCUAAUGUUGAAGUUUCUGAAAAUAGUUCAUUGGAAAUUCUAGAGUUCGCUACAAAUCGGUUAGGGGGCCAGGUUCCAAAAUCUCUAGCUAAAUGCACUAAGUUGAAGGUUUUAAACAUGGGAAACAAUAAUAUAACAGAUACCUUCCCAUGCUUGUUGAAGAGCAUUUCCACCUUGCGUGUCCUUGUUGUACGGUCCAACAACUUUUAUGGGGGCAUUGAAUGUCUCAACACCAAUGUCACAUGGCCGGGGCUACAAAUCAUAGACCUAGCUCACAAUAAUUUCCGUGGUGAAAUACAGGGAAUACUUUGGAGAACAUGGCAGAAAAUGAUGGUUACCGAAGAUGGUUCCCUAUUGACAAUCAACGGCCACUAUCUUAGAAGGAUAUUUAAUCCAUUUGUCCCAAAUGACGGAUAUGGAUUGGAGGAGGUUUCUUUGGGCUUUGGGUAUGAUAUAAGUACAACAGUUACCAACAAAGGUUCAGAGAUGAAUUUGGUAAAGAUUCUAUCUAUCUUCACCUUGAUUGACUUCUCAUGCAACAAUUUCAGUGGACCAAUACCUAAGGAAAUGGGAGAAUUUAAAUCACUACGUGUCCUUAAUUUGUCCAAAAAUGCUUUCACAGGCGAAAUCCCAUCCUCAUUUGGUAACAUGAGCACACUCGAGUGUUUGGACCUAUCAUUGAACAAGCUGAGCGGGCGAAAUCCCAUCACUAAUUCUACUAUAUUUAGUUUAAACGGAAUUAGAACUUUUGUCAUAUUUAUAACACGAGACUAA